AUGUAUGCGGCCGCGCCCUGUGGGACCUCUCAGGUCACAACCUAUAGUCAGACGGUGCCUGCCGAGGCGUACAGCCUGGGCACUGGUUUCGCGGGCAACGCCUACAGCAGCCCAUACACAGGUUCCUACACGGGCAGCAGCUACCCCGCCACAUAUGCGAGCCAGGCCGGGGGCAGCUAUGCUGCUCCUGGCACAUUGGCCGGCGGCAGCUAUGGUACGGUGACUGGUGCCAGCUAUGGGAUGAGUGGUGGCAGCUAUGGUGGGGUGACUGGCACGAUGUCCGGCGGCAGCUACACGGCAGCUGCUCCUGGUACUCUUGCCGGUGGCUACGGAGCCACCCCCGGCACGAUUUCUGGCGGCAGUUACAGCGGUGGCACGCUGGCUGGCGGACCUUCGUACGGCAAUAGUUUCACCACCGCUCCUGCACCCAGCUAUGGCACCACCACCUAUGGUGGCUACUAUGGUAGCGGCGGCAGCUCCUAUAGCGCAGGCGCUCCUAUGGUGGGCAGCUCUUCCUUCACGGCAGCCCCUCCCAUGACGACGGAUCCCUAUUCCUCGUCGCUGCAGCCGGCGUCCUCCAUGAUGGUGACGCCUCAGCUUUCCAACCCGUUGCAGUCUACGCCCUCCAUGAUCGCCUACCCUGGCAUGGGAGCCAUGGGCGCCAUGGGUGCUCCGUCGUAUUCUUCCGCCAUGGACGGGCCAUUCAAGUUCUACGCCACGCCGCCUGGCAAGCUGCCUGAGGCAGAACAGCGCCCUGCGGCCAGGAUGGAGGACGAGGUUCAGACGGGCGCCUCCCUGCGAGCAGGCGCUUCUGCACCCAGAGGUGAUGAAGGCUAUGAGAGUAAGAAGUCCGUUAAGAAGUACACCUCCAAGAAGAAGAAGAGCGGCCGGGCGCAUAGCUAUGCACGACUGCGCAGAUGGGUCGAUCUGAUCAUAGAGUGGGAAGGCCAGUUGAACCGAAUGGGACAGGCCAUGGAGUUGGAGGUGCUCAGCGUGCAGGGCGCCAACGCCGAGCAGGUGGUUUCCAUCAGAGCUGGCAGCCAGCGCAAGCAAGCAGCGGUUGCCUCAUUGGAACAGGGCACGCCUUUCCGCAUCUCUGCCGGUAGCCUGAAUCCCUUUCGCAUCGACGUCCUUCAGCAGGUGGGAUCGACGCGCCUGGCCUUACGCCCCGGCGAAGGCAGCUACUCCAUCGACGUUCCGGGGGCGGGAAAAGACGGGGGCAACGUGCGAGUCGCCUUUGCAGUGCGGGAGGCUUCCCAAGCCGAGAUGCGCAAAGUGAAGGUUGGCCCGCGGACAGACCCGGCACUAGCAAAGGAGGAGGAGGAGAGCAAGCGCUUCUCCUCCCAGGCCACAGCGGCCAAAGAGUAUCUCGAGUCGCACGAGCUGCUCCCCUUCGUGCGAGCGCUGUUGCAGACCGUCAUCCGGGACAAGCCCGCGGAUCCCUACAGCUUCGUGGCAGAGCAGUUUCGCCUAGCUGCGGGCUCAACGAAGCUUCUUAAGAAGGAGGCUCAGGAGGGAGAGAUGUUGGAGCCGCUGCUGAAGAAGGCCAUGCCCUUUGAGGACUUCCCGUCCAAGGUCACGCAGGAAGGAGCACCCAAAUUUGGCAAGCGCAAGGAGGAGCCCGAAGUCGCACCUCCAGCCCCAGCGGAGCCUGUAGCUCCGGCACCGAAUCCGCCGAAGGUGGAGGAGCUCCGCCAACAGGUGCGAGAUGUCCUGGGCCAGGCGGUUGAGGAUGGGCGCUUGGCAGAGUCCUUGAGAGAGGCCGAGCAGCCGUUUGCCGCUCCGGCCCCUAUUGUGGUUCGCAGCAAGAACCCUCCGCGACAAGAGGACAAACCAGCAGAAGUCGAGGCCUUCAAGGCUUCCCGCUCGGUCUUGGAGGCCGCAGACACCGAGUCUACUGCGGGAGCAGAUCUGGCCAAGGUUCCAGUGCCAGUGCUGGAAGAGCCUGAAGCAGAGGAGGCGCGGCGGAACUCGGAUGCCAUGAGCGCCGCUUCCCACGAGGACACACAGCUGGCCAAGGCUCAGGUGGCCGAGGUGCCAAGCUCUCCGCAAGCGCCGCUGCUGCCAAAGCUGGAAACCACGGAGCCAGAAGCUGACGAACCAAACUCGACAGAGCCAGCGGAGCCGCCGGCUCCUGUUGCAGAGCAGGAGGUGCUACCAGAGCAGCUCGAGAGUUUGCGGAUGAAAGCCCAGGAGGCGCUGCAGGCGGGGGCGGCCUCGGGGGAGCUGUGGCAGCUGCUGGAGCGCCACGCGGCGCAGAAGGCCCAGCAGGAGGUCAUCGAGGCCGCACGCAGCGGGAGCCUCACCCACGCCUUGCUGCAACUGCGGCCUGGGCAGCUCGAUCAGCUCCGCGAGCAUGCGGUGCAGUCGCUGGUCAUGGCGGCAGAAUCUGGCAAGCUCCUUGAGGCAUUGCGGCAGACCUGCGCCACUGGCGAAAUGGCGAACCUGCGGAAAGACGCCCAAGAGAAGAUCGCAGCUGCCGCCGACUCUGGAGAGCUGGCGGAGGCCCUGCGCGCCAGUCAAGCAGACGCAGGCGACAUGGAAGCUCUGAGGAAGUUCACCCGCGAGGCCAUGCUCACCGCUGCAGAAUCGGGGCAGUUGGCCCACCUCCUGCAGACGGAAACAGGCGCCAGCAUCGAGGAGCUCAGGGAGACAGCGCGGGAUGCCUUGAUGAAAGGCGCCUCUUCCGGGCGCCUCUUUGAGGUGCUGCGCCAGGGCAAGGCACCCAGCCAGCCGGGCUCGCCGAAGGGGCAACAGGACACGCCGGAGGGCUCCGUAGUGGACAUCACAGAGCCCUCGAGCACGGAAGUGUCCAAGCGCCCGUCGCUGACCACACGGGUGGCAACGGAUCUGGUGCAGGCCAUGAGCAGCGACAAGGUGUGCUCGAAUCAGGAGAAUUUGGAGAAGGAGAACCAAGCCAUCAAAGAACAGGCCAUAGGAGCUUCGGACAUGGAGCUUCGGAUUUGGCGGCUUUCUGGAGAAGAGCAAACGGUGACAAUCUCGCAGGACGCCAGCCUCUUUGACCUCAAGAGCAAGAUUAGCGCGACUGGCCUAGCCAACGAGCUGUUGGCUAUGGAGCUUCUGCUUGGGGGCUGCCCGCUGGACCAGCGCGAUCCCCAGAAGAAGCUGGCAGAUCUGGGCGUGGCCGACGGUGCCAACUUGACGGUGGUCGCCAAGCGCUCUCAUGACUAUAGCCAGAUCACCAAAGUGGACAAGCUGGUGAAGUCUGAGAAGUGGCCGCAGGGAGUUUUCACUACAGCAGAAGGACUCUUCUACGUGUGCCACUUCCAGGGUGAGCUAUUGGUGUACGAUCAGCAGCUGCAGAACAUCCGGCGGGCGCUGCUGCCGCGAGAGAUGCGGACCCCCAGCCAAAUGACCAUGGCACCCAACGGCCACCUCGUCAUCGCCUGCCACAGGUCUUAUUCCGCGGCCGCUGCUGUGGUGGACCCGCAAACCAUGGAGGUGAUCAAAUGGUUUGGUGACACCGACGAGCGAAGUCGUACCUGUGGUGUGGCAGUGGCGGAAGGCCGCGUGUUUCUGUCCACCAUCCCCUACGGUGGAUCAGCCAAAGUAGUUGUCUACGACUUUGAGACCACGAAGCUGCUGGCAGUCUUUGGGGGCUUUGAAAAUCCCUGCGGCCUUUGCGUGGCAGAUGAGAAGUUGCUGGUGGCGGAUCGGAGCAGCAACAAGGUGCUGAUCCUGGACAUGAUGGGCAGGCUGGUGAAAGAGAUUGGAGGAGGUGAGUUGCUGAAGCCCAACGAUGUUGCCCUGGACAGCUCCGGGAACAUCUUGGUCAUGGACACAGAGCACGAGCGCAUAGCCGUGUUCGCGCCGGAUGGCUAUUUGCUGGCGAGCGUGCUGCCGAAGUCUUUCAAGAAUUUCGGCAACACGCACAGCUACAUCUCUGUGAACCCGCUUACGGGCACCAUAAGCGUCUCCAUGGACGAUGCGCACCAGGUUGCCAUCGUGGCCCCCCCGAUUUUCGGAUCCUGA